GGUGGCCCCAGCGCGGCGUCCAGCUGCCACUGGCAGCACCCAACAUCGCUCCGGCAGCAUGGCGCACCGGACGCUGGCCAUCGCCGUCGUCAUCCUGGCGCUGAUUGCAGCCGGCGAGUGUCUACUCUGCAACGUCUGCAUUCCGGCGCUGAGUGGGGACAAUGUGGCACAGCGCGAGGCCAAUAAGUGGCGCGCCAACAUCAGCCGGACAUUCGAGAACAAGGCCGAGACUGAUUUUCAGGUGUGCGGCCAAUUCGACAACACCAAAGAACAAGCCCAGGCCAGCUGCCCUUGGAACGACGAUAGUGUGAUCUGCCUUGACAUUAAGCACGAUAACUGGGAGGCACUGAGCUGCGGCCGGGUGCCGUUCGACUCGGACAUGCAGUGCUGGACAUGUUGCGGCGGCGCGCUCAUCUGCCCGUGCCAGGGUGCGCUCUGUAACGCCGCCGACCGGGUGCAGCAGUGGUUGGCCAAGUCCAGCGCGCCGCCGGCCGGCGGCCAGGGGGCGGCCACCUUCCCAGCCCUGCUCGUCCUCGCGCUGGCCGCCGCCUGCUAAAUGACGGCGGCCAGCGCGCCGCGAUCCCGGCGGCGGAGCCUCGUGCGGCGGAGACCUGAUCAGCUGGACCCACCGCGGCGCGGACUACCACGACCCAGGUCGAGAGGCAGGGACCCUGCGGCGGAGAUUUUCGCGACGGAAAUUUCCGCGGCGGUGACCCACGGGUGGAGACCCGCUGCGCAGGCUUACAACGCGGAGACCCGAGCGCAGGAGAGCUCCCCAGCGGGGAUUGAACGGCAGUGCUUGCUGCAGCCGAGACGCACCGGCGAAGAGCCGGGCGGCGGUGAUCAGCCCCGGCGGCGGCAUGGCCGGUCGUCACGGGAUCCUCG